AUGGCGCUCUUCACCAGAGUCAGCAGUCACCUUAACACCACCAACUCCAUCCCCUGUGAGGCAGAUAAUGCUACAGAGCACGACCUGCCGCACUCACGUGCCUACUAUGCCCUCUGCUACUGCAUCCUGAUUUUGGCCAUCAUCUUUGGGAACCUGCUGGUCUGCUUGGCAGUUCUAAGGGAGCGUACCUUGCAAACCACAACAAACUACCUCGUGGUGAGCCUGGCAGUGGCAGACUUGCUGGUGGCCACUUUGGUGAUGCCAUGGGUGGUGUACCUGGAGGUGACUGGAGGAGUCUGGACUUUCAGCCGUAUCUGCUGCGAUAUCUUCGUCACCAUGGAUGUAAUGAUGUGCACAGCCAGCAUUUUAAACCUCUGUGCUAUCAGCAUUGACAGAUACACUGCAGUGGUGAGACCAGUUCAGUACCAGUACAACACCGGGCAGAGCUCAUGCAGGAGGGUCUCUCUCAUGAUCGUGGUAGUCUGGAUGCUGGCGUUCGCAGUGUCAUGCCCUCUCCUCUUUGGAUUCAAUACUACAGGGGAUCCCAGUGUCUGUUCCAUAUCCAACCCUAUUUUCAUCAUCUACUCUUCUUUGGUGUCCUUCUACCUUCCCUUCCUGGUGACCCUGCUGCUCUAUGUCCGGAUUUACCUCGUGCUAAGACAAAGACAAAAGAAGCGAAUCCUCACUCGGCAGGGCAGCCACAGCGCCAGCACCAAACUCUCGUAUACACACAAAGAACACACCGAAAGAAAAGCUUUUCCCAACAGAUGUGGAGGCACGUUUUCACCUUGUCUCCCAUUCAAAUGCCCCAGCCAGGAGACGUCUACCAAAAGGAAGUUGCUGGCUGUCAUCAGCAUGCAGCGGUACUGCAGCUUCUGCCGAGAGGCAUCUUUCACCCAGACAUCAGGAGCACAACACAAUAGGCUGAAAGAGAGGAGAAAGAACAGGAAGAUAGGGCUGGAGGUACAGACACUCGGCAACGGCAAAACGAUCAGCUCUUUGAGGCCAGUGCAUCAGCCAUCCCGGCUGAUCCAGCUUCGAGAGAGAAAGGCCACACAGACGCUCGCUGUUGUCCUGGGGGCAUUCAUAGUCUGCUGGCUGCCGUUCUUCUUGAUUCACAUCCUGAACGCCCACUGCCCCUCCUGCCACGUGCCCCCAGCACUCUACAGUGCCAGCACCUGGCUUGGUUAUGUGAACAGCGCCCUUAACCCCAUCAUCUACACAACCUUCAACACUGACUUCCGCAAAGCCUUCCUCAAGAUCCUCUGCUGCUGA